GUGUAGUGUUUGCAGCCGCACAGUCGGCCUCUUUAUCAGCCCUCGUGUCUGAUCGUUGUCAACGAGGGCCAAUUUGUUCACUCUGGAGUCAAUUGGCAAACAGUUCUGUGUGCACUCGCUUUAUUAGCAUGUUGAUAAAAGCACGUUCGUCCGUCUUCCUUCAACCCAACGCGAUGAAGUUUUUCUCUUUUCCUCCGGUUGUGCCAGCCGGUCUCGCUCGAACCGUUUCGAUUAUUCGUCAUCUUGCUCGUUCCUUUGCGUCAGCCUGAGAUUCUUUUUCCCAGCGGCUGAUUUCUGCAUUGACCCUCGACCUCUGCGACCGAUAACCCUUUCCGUCCAUCGUGGCGUAGCUCGUUUUCUCCGAAGAACGCCGACUAUGUGCAGCUUCUCGAUCUACGAUCGCAGAGAAAUAACGACAAAACCGCCGAAACGAAGAGAGUCAGUGCUUCCUUGGUAUACGCCUGGCAAAGUCGAUUCUAACGAAGAUUUAUCGCGUUCUCCAAAAUGGCAGAAAGAUCCAGAAAAUCCUGCUUCCAGGGAACCGUAUGUGAUAGAUGCUGAAGCAAAAACGUGGAGUCCUUGGAGAAGAAAUCAGGGAAGUAAUAUCGAGCAAAGGACAGAGGUCGCGGAUGAUUCUCAAAGUACGACAAAUUUCGAUCAACAUGCUGGUUCUUCCUUGGAGUACGGUCAGUUCGAGCAACAGGAAAAUAAAAAGCUUUUUCCGGAUUCUGAUGAUUUGGAAAAGGGAAAAGACAAAGGGGAGAAACAGGAAGCCUCGAAAGGAAAUGAUUUCCAGAUGACAAUAAAGGAUGACCAGGAUUUUUACGAAGGAGUACCUGCUGAUAGCACAAAACCCCGGAAAGAAAAAAUUCUUAUUUCAACGAUUCAAAAAUCCACAGUGGCUCGAUACGACGCUAAACGGGGUGUCCAAUGUCCGGAACUCGAUUCCACUGGACAAUUCGUGUAUCCUCCUGAUUGUAAAUUCUUCGUAAACUGUUGGAAGGGUAGAGCUUUUGUUCAACCAUGUGCCCCUGGUACUCUUUUCAAUCCAGACACAUUGGAAUGCGAUUUUCCGCACAAAGUCAAGUGUUAUGGCGGAGAAGUGGCUGAUUUUCCAUCGAAUGAGCAUUUGGAUUCUUCAGGAAGUCGCGAACCAUUGCUGUCUGGUAGUCAUCAGGGUUACAGCGGGCACGGAAGACCACAGGAACCACGAUGUCCACCAUAUAUAACAGGUUUGAUAGCACAUGCCUCGGAUUGCACAAAAUUCUUACAAUGUGUAAACGGGGCUACGUAUAUCAUGGAUUGUGGUCCUGGUACUGUGUUCAAUCCUUCCGCGAGUGUCUGUGAUUGGCCGCACAACGUAAGGGGCUGCGAAGAUGCGCUGAAAUCUAAAGAAGAAGUUACGACACCAAUGGUUCCUCCCGAUUACGAAGACUAUGGAAACGGAAGACUGCAAUCCCAUACAACUAAACAGCCGAGGAAAAUCUCUUGUCCUGUUGAUUAUACAGGAUUGCUGCCCCACCCAGAUACAUGUAACAAAUUUCUUCAAUGUGUGAAAGGUGGAACGUUUAUCAUGGAUUGUGGACCCGGUACAGCCUUCAAUCCUGCAAUUUCUGUCUGCGAUUGGCCGUACAAUGUACCUGGUUGCAGCAAAGAUAAACCAUCGCAAACGCAACACUCAGUCGGUUCACAAACCACCUUCAAACCCUGGUCGUCCCACGGUUCCACAGACUCCAGUACUUGGCAGUAUACUAACCAUCACAACCACACAUCACAGGGUCAUUACAGACCAGGUUACUCACACGGUUAUCCCAAUCAUCCAGUAACAAUAACUCCUUCAGGAACAGAUUGGGAUUCUUUAAGACCGACGUGGAUACCAAGCUGGAAACCAGGUGCUUGGACGACUGCCAUGCCACCCUAUUCUCAAGGUCAACCUCCUACUAAUACCAACACACAUUAUGGAUCUUCUAAUGAACACCAUCGGCACAAAGGUCAUAGUCAAUGGGGUCAUACAUCAAGUUCAGGCUAUCCACAUUUCCAAUGGCACCAUCACAAUCACGGACCGAUUGAUCAGAACGAUUAUAAUAAUAGGCCUCAUCACCAUUAUCAUCAUCACCAUCACUAUCCGCACGGACCAAUUUACGAUCCCAAUAAAAACACUGAAUCGCAACAGCCUGCGCCUCCAAACGGUCACUCGUUUCCUCAAAGACCCGGAGACCAAGAAAGUGAGACUGGAAGCUGGCAUUCUAAUCACGGAUAUCAACACGAGCAUCAUCAUUAUCAUCAUAAUAACAAAGGUAUACCAGAGGCUGUUCCUAGUUUUCCAUGGCAUGGAGAAGAAUCUGGUCAACAGACGCAACAGCCUCCUUUUGAUCAGACUGAGGAUCAUAAGACUUCCGAUGGAAGAUUCGAUUAUUCUCCUAACAGAGGUCAUGUUAAUGUGAAUCAAGGCCAAGAGUUCACACCUAACAGGCAGGAGUACGGGAGAAGUGGUCCUGAAUUCCCUCAGUCGGGAUCUGAUCAAACGGUCAUGCCAAAUGUUUACGCUGAUGGUAACUCUCAAUCGUCAGUGGAUGACAAUUCGAGAUUCAAUGUACAAACUGUGGAGAAUAGGACAAGCUGGCAACCAGUGCCAACAGGAAAUAGGUUUAAUCUUAGCAGUUGGAGUCAAUACGGUCCAGGACAGAUGCCGAAUCAGAAUCAGAAUCGACGCUGGGAUCAAGGUCCUACUACCGAGGAUGGCAAGGUUCGUGAUUGGGGAUCUAGAACAGAUAUUUAUCAGAGCACAGCUGAUAAGCAAGCAGAUUCAAAGUUAGAUGCAUGGGCGUCGAAAAUGAAUAUUUUUCUGCAUGGUAAAGGGCAACAUGGGCCAGGAGUAAAAACUGUUUCGUUCAAUUCAACGAAACUUGCUUAUCCAAAUGGCAUAUACGUGAAUAUAAAUGGCACAAGAGGUCAUUUUAUCACGAAGGAAAUCGAAGUGAAUCAAGGCCAUUCGAAAACGAAAACUUACAGGCCUAAUGAUCUUCGUGGGCCGAAUGAAUUCAGCAAAAACGAUGAGAAUCUCUACGUUAACUCUCAAAUGACGAAUUUUGAUCACAUACCACCUGCAGUUCUUCAGCCACCACCUAUUACUUCAGUUAAUCGUCCACCUGAAUCCAAUGGCGAGUCACAAACUCAAAAUACAUAUUCUUACGGGAAUAAUCCUCGACGUCCAAAAUUGACGAGUUACAGGAAUUUUACAAGUUCUGGAGAUUUAGCAGGAUCUGGUACUAAUUACAACCACGUGUUCGUGCCGUCAACGAAUCUUCAGCCACCAUAUCCAUCUCUCAACUGGUCCUUGCUCUUUCCUCGUUUAGUAAAUUUCUCACGAAGCGAUAAUUAUUAUCCACCAGUACCAUCUAUCUAUUUGCAACCGCCAUAUGAACCUGUUCAGACGAACAAAACGUUUUCCAUUGGUUGGCAACAUCCACCUGCUCCAUCCUUCGAACUUCAACCACCUGCUCCAUCCUUCGAACUUCAACCACCGCUCAUCGAACCAACAGACCACGAUUUUAAUCCAAAUUUUACAAUCAGAAAUCAACUGACUUCUCCAAAUUUCAUACCAAACGUCACUGGCCAAUAUCCACUCGUUCCAUCGAGUAAUCUCGAACCACCGUACGAAGAAUCCAGUGAUCGAUCCAGUGAUUUGCCUUCGACUGUCAGUAGUACGACUCAACGAAUUCCAGAGACGUACGCGUCAAUUUCACCGCAGAAGAAAAAGAAGAGUACCGAUACAACUGAAGAUAAAAUAAUUACGACGACUGAUUCGAACCUGCCUACUGUGUGGAUAGAGAAUGAAAAUCCUCCGAGCAACGAUUAUCCAGAUAUCAUUGAGCCUGAUUACGAACCUGACGUGGACGUGUUGGAUGAUAAGAAAGUUUGGAAGCCGGUAUUGGUUUAUGAGAAUAAAACUCAGGCUACUACCGAGUCUACCGCUGUUAUGAAAAUUAAUAAGAAGAAUUCGGAUCUAGACCUUUUUAAUAUCGAGGCCGCUCCGUUUGAAGAAAAGGAGCCACCAUUCCCAUCGUACUACAUUCCACCAGUAGAACCGAUAGAUCACUCCAAAAAGACUACUUUGCCAACACCAAUUUCCGGCCAGGUGAUUCGACUUAGAGGGGGUUCUGGACCUCACGAUGGAUAUGUCGAAGUGCAAGGUACGACUCCUGGUUGGGGAAUCGUUUGCGAUGCGAGAAACAGCUGGACUUUGAAGGAAGCACAUGUUGUAUGCAAACAACUUGGAUAUUACAGAGGCGCCGAGAUGGCUUGGCAAGGGAGAAAUACUCGAAACGGAGUGCCAACUUGGAUCGCCGCAAAUUCUGUUUCGUGUCAAGGCAACGAGGGCAAAUUUCAAUCGUGCAAAUUUACUCAUGAGCAAAAAUGUCGCGUGGAGAGGGACGCGAUUGGUGUGAGAUGUGUACUAAAUCGCAUCUCUCACUGUCGUAAGGAUGAGAUACCAUACGAAGGACAAUGUUAUCACUUAGCUGAACCGGAGAGUGGUUUAAACCACCAGGAAGCAUUCGAUUAUUGCACGCAGAGACAGUCACGACUCAUCGAUAUUACCAGCCAAGCGGAGAACAAUUUCAUUUCUGAAUGGGUCUUGCAAACGCGACCGGAAGUCACAUCGAUAAUGACUUCCGGCGUUGGUUUGACUACUUUGAACCGUACCCUGUGGCUUUGGGAAGAUUCUUCUCGCGCGAAAUUUAGGUUUACGAAAUGGUGGCCUGGUUGGAUGGAGGAUAAGAAACAUCCUCCGUUCACGGGUAUUCGCCCUCUUUGUAUCGUAAUGAAGCGCAAAUUUCCAUGUCACGAGAGGCCAGACUCGACUUGUCUUGCUGAUUACUUCUUUUGGGAUGCCGAGGACUGUGCUUCUUCUGCUAAAGGUCACUCUUACAUUUGCGAGAGGCCCUACGACGACAUUGGUUGCAUUUAUGGAAAAGGAAAUCAGUAUGCUGGAAAUGCGAAUAUGUCAGCGUCAGGGAAGGAUUGCUUGUCAUGGAGUGAUCCGAGAGUUGCUCACUCACUCGCAAUUCAUGUUCUUAAUCAAGAUGUACGAGAAAAAUUGAAAAGCCACAAUUACUGUAGAAAUCCAAAUCCAAACAGAGAAAGUAGGCCAUGGUGUUAUACGGGAUCACGGGGAGAACAAGAGCAUUGUGAUAUUCCACCCUGUGGAAAUACAGGUUCUCAGAGAUCACUUACAACGGGUCGAUGCAAGCCUAAGCAUUUCGAAUGUAUGCCAGAAGAGUGUAUUCCUUCACCAUGGGUUUGCGAUGGAGAAGAAGAUUGCACAAAUGGAGCAGACGAAAGAGAUUGCGUUUCACACAUGGACUUUUUUCAAAAGUAUUCCGAGCACAAAUUAGAAGGGUACGACGUUCAAAAAUGGUUGAACACACCGUUGAAGACGUGCGCCCUCAGAUGCAAAGAGGCUGAUUUUACUUGCCGAUCCUUUGCACAUAAGGCAGCAGGAAAUAUUUGUCUGUUAAGCGACAGCAACGUGGGAAUGACAGGAUCCUUGCAACCUAACAAAGAAUACGAUUACUAUGAAAUGAAGGAUAGAAGCAUCGAUUGCAAUGGAAUGUUCGUGUGUGAGAACCGCAAGUGUAUAAAUAAAACACAAGUGUGCAAUGGAAAAAAUGACUGCAAUGAUCGUAGCGAUGAAAGAAUUUGUACCGUAGAAAAUUUAGAUUAUCAGAUUCGGCUAGCUGGUUCGGAAAAUGAUUACGAAGGCAGAGUUGAAGUUAAAAUUUUGGGUGUUUGGGGACAAGUGUGCGACGAUGGGUUUGGAAUGAUCGAUGCCGAGGUAAUUUGCAAAGAGCUUGGUUUUGGUCUUGGUGCCCUGGAAGUUACGCCAGGGGGAUUCUUUGGAAAUAUGAAUCCAGCCACCAGAUUCAUGGUAGAUCAAUUGAAAUGUCGAGGCAACGAGACUUCUUUACGUGAAUGCGAUUUUGAUGGCUGGGGUGUGCAUGAUUGCCAACCAGAAGAAGCAGUAGGUAUCGUUUGUAAGACUGCAGUUAAUACUUGUCAGGAGGGUCACUGGAAGUGCGACAAAAGUCCGGCGUGUAUUCCAACGGCGUUUAUAUGCGACGAGGUUGUCGACUGUCCGGAUGGUUCGGAUGAGAGUGCUGAACAUUGCGACGCACCGUUCGAGGUUCGUUUAGCGAAUGGAAGUUCGCCACUAGAAGGAAGGGUCGAAGUUCGUCAUCAUGGUAUAUGGGGUACCGUUUGUGACGACGAUUUCUCAAUUGCAACUGCAACGGUGAUUUGUAGAUCCUUGGGAUACGGUGGACCUGCAACUUCAAAGAAAGACGGCUACUUUGGUCCAGGAGAAGGACCAAUUUGGCUGGAUGAAGUUUUCUGUUACGGAAACGAGACCCAGCUGUAUCGAUGCGAGCACAAUCACUGGGGUCAACAUAAUUGCAAUCACGACGAGGACGCAGGUGUGAUUUGUACACCUGGAGACGUUAACGAUUCCAAGUUGCACUGGGAGACUGUGUCGCGUUUGCCAGAGAAGGACAUCAAUGAUAUACUUCCGACCAAUUGCGGUAGGCGAUUUAAAGACUUCAAUGAGGAUGAGGAUCUUAUAUUCGAAAAGGUGGUGCGAGGUAACAUUGCACCGAAAGGAUCCUAUCCUUGGCAGGCCAGUAUACGUGUACGAGGACAUAGUAGAUCGAAUCAUUGGUGUGGAGCGGUAAUUGUUUCUCCGUUGCAUGUGCUCACCGCUGCACAUUGCUUGGAAGGGUACAAUAAAGGAACCUAUUUCGUUCGUGCUGGUGAUUACAAUACAGAGAUUACGGAAGGAACUGAAAUCGACGCCGAUAUCGAAGAUUAUUACGUUCACGAAGAGUUCCGUAAAGGGCAUCGAAUGAACAACGAUAUCGCUCUCGUGUUGCUGAAAAAACGAGGAAUUCCUCUUGGCAAGAAUGUUAUGCCAAUUUGCCUGCCAUCCGAGAACACCGAGUAUCCGGCAGGUCUUAAUUGCAGCAUUAGUGGAUUUGGCAGCAUCGAGACUGGGAAAUCAACUCAUUCCAAAGAUCUGAGAUACGGCUGGAUACCGUUAUUAGAUCAGUCCGUGUGUCGUGCCGGACACGUUUAUGGCGAGGGUGCAAUCAGCGAUGGAAUGGUUUGUGCCGGAUACCUCGAUGAGGGUAUUGACACCUGUGAUGGAGACUCUGGUGGACCAUUGGUGUGCUUACACAACGGAGCUUUCACGUUGUAUGGACUUACGAGUUGGGGACAACACUGUGGAAGAGCCAAUAAGCCUGGUGUUUAUGUUCGGGUUUCUCAUUAUCGUCAAUGGAUCGAUCGAAAAAUCAAAGAUUCUCUUGCAGGAAGAUAAAAUCUAAUUUGGAAUCUCUAAAAUUGUGUCAUGAUUUUAUUGACAAAAAUUGUUCUGUAAAAUACCUGAACAAAAUGUCUGCGAUAUUUAAAUCGUAUACUUAUUAACAUUGUGGAUAUAAGUUAUUAUACAGGAUAAUUAUUAUUACGUUAAACAUUAUUAGUUAUUUAAGUAGUUUGAUUUUAAUAACAAUAAAGAACUUCCAUAAUUAUUUGUACAA